AUGGCUGAGUAUGAGGCUGAGUUCUUAAGGUUGAGUCAUUAUGCGCGAGGCAUGAUGGCGACAGAGAAUGAGCGUUGUGUCCGUUUUAAGGAUGGUCUCCGAGACAAUUUACGAGUUCUGAUAGCUCCUCAAAGGGAGCGGAAUUUCUUUAUACUAGUUGAGAAGGCAAAGAUUGCCGAGGAUGUUAAGCGAGCUGGGCUUACUGUUACAGCUACUGGGGCGACGUUUCGUCAGCACUGGAAUAGAUGCCAUCCGGGUGAGUGUUGGAGAGCUACUGGAGCUUGUCUUAGAUGUGGGUCUACUGAGCAUCGCGUUAAGGAUUGCCCAUUGAGAAUUAGAUACAAACUCCGGUUAAUGAGACUGCACAACAUAGACUCUACACACUCUUAUAUAGCUAGUACUGUGUCUGGGACUUUGGGAAUUCCGAUCGAGAAUAUUGAUAGUGAGUUGAUUGUGAUAAGUCCUUUGGGGCAGUUGGUUUUAGUAGAUAAGUUGUAUAGAGAUGUUCCGCUUGAGGUCCAAGGGACAGUGUUUUUGGCAGAUUUAGUGGAGCUUUCAUUUGGGGAGUUCAAUUUAAUUCUUGUAUGGACUGUUAAGGAUAUCCGAACUGUAAGGGACUUUCCAGAUGUUUUUCCAGAGGAACUACCGGGAUUACCUCCGAGUUGUGAGGUAGAGUUUGGUAUUGAGUUGGUUAUUGGUACAACUUCGGUGUCUAUCACCCCUUAUCGAAUGGCACCAAAAGAGCUAACAAAACUUAAGGCUUAA